AUGGUUAAGUGUGUAAUAAACCCAAGUCCAAACAACACACACGCUGAACCUUCAUUAGUGACAAGUUUCUGGGACGUGGUCUAUUACGGUCCUAGACUUGAGUUAUGUAGUCUAGUGACGAACAGUCAUUUGUACCGUGACUUAAUUGCCACAAUUAAAAUGAUAUUACCAUAAAAAUAGUCACAUAAAGUUUAUGUUAUAGCAUCAAAGCCAUCUGCUGGCUGUAAAUAUACACUGGUGUGAUCUUUACAUGUUUGUAUAGUAUUUACAUAUAUACAGUAUAUACAUGUAUAUUGAAGAGUUAUUUGCAUACAUAUAGAUAUAGGUAGAGUAAAAUCGUUUUGGUCAUCCAUCGAAUUUUGGGAUUUUAAGUUCUGGAGUCGGUAGUUCAGACAAUUUUAAGACUUCUGUUGCUUUUCCGUCGGAAAUUUAUAUUUUUCAAGUAGUAUGUUAAUCGAUAAAAUUACCAACAAUAUUACUUGUUUAAAGUGAGCAGGGCUUUAAAGUAGAGGGAACAUGUGGGGUAAAACUCAAGAAAAAAUGAAGCACUAAACAAACCUUUGAAAACCUGAAGUAACUUUUCCUAACCUUUAAAAAUCCUAAACUAUAUAAGCUUUACAUAUUAACGUUUUGGUGCUUAGUAGGUGAUGGUGUUAAUUUUUCGGUUUUUAGAUGGGUGAUCCAUAAAUUAGGGUAAUAAUUGAUGACUGACCCACCAGUGAUUUUUCAUCGAAAACUAUUAUAAAAUCGUUGCAGUUUCACUGUGUUUUAUAGUGCACACUGGCAUAGUACAUGCAGAUGUGUUAAAAAUGGGGAUGCAACUUUAAAAGCAAGUGGAAAAAAUUUAUGAUGUCAUUACUCAGUAAACAACAUGGAUAUAUCUAGUCAAAGAAGACUGGCACGCGGGAGGCAGCGGAGGAAAACUGGCCGUCAGAGAACUGUAGGUUGGCUAGAAGAGGUGACAAUAGAGCAGUGUGUCAGUCCUCAAGAAGAUACUGAUACAUUGGAUGAUACUGAAGAUGAUUCUGAUGAGUGUCAUGAUUCAAAAACUGUUAUGGUAGCUGACCACAGGGAAGUGAAUUCUAAAAAGGCAGAAGACAGAUAUACAAAACAUGCUGUUCAUCCUUCAUAUACCAAGAACAGACAUAAACAAUUUCAAAAUCUAGCAAGACGGAACUCCAGCAGUAGCUAUCGUCCACUUCUUGAGGUGUGGAGACAACGCACUGGUACAUCUUAUCCAGUUGAUGAUAAGAGGACCAUAAUAUGUGAGACAAAAACUAUCCUGUAUGGACAAACUCCUACUACUAUGUGCAAAAUCCAGUUAAAGGUAAUGGCAGAAGCUGCUGGGUUGACAUUGAGUGAGUUUUCAAGACUUGUCCUGGCAAGUAGCACUAAGGAACACUUGCUGCUCUUGAGACAGUACCACACACUGCAAUUACCUCAACUUACUCAAUUGUUUGAUGAACUUGAUGUAUGUGCUCCAUCAGUGAGGCAAUUAAAACAGACACUCCAUAAUGAACAGAAUACAGAAAAUGGAAAUAUCUUAAGUGAUGAAACAGGAAGUACAUAUGAAGCAGUGGCUGGCCCAUGUAAAGUCUCUCAAAAUGUAAGAAAUGAAAGUAAGAUUGUAAAAAAAUGUAUUAAUACUUAUAACAGGAACCUGAGAACUGGGCAGAGGAAGGCUUAUGCACAGACACAAACUGUAAGAGUCAGCAGGAAAACAUUUACAAAGAAAGUAAAUGUGCAGGAAGAUAAUCAUCAGCAAGUAGUUAACAUAAACUAUGGUAAUGGAGAGGAUCAGUUAGUUCACCUGAGCAGCAGCAAAAGAUUUGAAGCAACUUCAAUAAAGGAGACAAAAGUGGCCAGAACUGUUAUAUCAGACACUGAGAGUGACACAAGUUCUAAUAGUGAAAGGAACUGUGAUCUGAGUGAUAGUGAUUGUAUCCCACCUUCACCAGAGUCAAAUGAAGAGCAGGAGGCACAGAAUUUUAAUAUAGUUAAGUCUCCAUACUGCAAAAUAUUGUCACAGUGUACUAGAAUGCAAGAUAAUUGUGAUGUGCUUUUGGCACCUGAUCCUGCAGCUGUGUUGUGUACUGCAGGUAGGAUUCAGGAUGGCCAGUCAAAGAGAGAGAAAACUGCUAUUACCUCUGCUGAGAAGCUUGAUUCAUUAAAUGGUCAAAAAAAUAUGGCUUCUGGGAUUACUUCUGAACAACCGAGUAAAAAUUCAAACUUUCACUACAACAGUGUGUUGGCUGGAUUACUCUUUGAAGAUGAAAGUUCUACAACUUGUAAUAAAAAGUCAGAAAUUGUGAAUAGUGGCAACCUUCACAGAAUCAAUUUAGGAAAAAAAGAAAUGUGUGAAAAAAACACAGGAAUGAAUACAAAGCCCACUGGAUGUUACAAUAGAGUGUUGGAUACUCUCUUGUUUGGGGAUUGUUCACCUCUGCCAGCAUCAGAACCAAAGCAGAGUGGUGAGGGUACAGCUCAUUCAAGCCAAACCCCAACUACCACCACAGUAUCUCAGGUUUAUCAUUCCAACAGUUAUACUAACCACUCAAUGCACAUCAUUGAUGAGUUGUUUGGUUCACCACAAGUUCUGGAUGGAAGAUCUCAGGAAGAGUCUGCUGCAGGUGAGGGUCACAGGGGCAUAGAUCUUUGCCAUUAUCUCGUGAACUGAAUGAAUCUCCCUGGGUAACUCUUGGAAUGAGAUUUACAAAGCUAAUGAUUUAUAAUUAUAAUACAGUAUUUGAAACAGAAGGUUUGGGAUAAUGAGAACAAAAAAAUUGUUAAGUGUAAAAAAAGAUUUAUAAUCAGUGUGCAUUUAAAUAUAAUUACAGUAGACUUAUUUUACAGAUACUGUAUACUGUAGUAACUAUAUAAGUAGACCAUUUAAUCUUCUUUACUAUUGCUGCUUAUUCAGUAGAAAUAAUGACUACUGUAUAGUGUACCAUAGGACAAAUAUUUUUAUGACUGGUACUUCAGACCUAACAAUAAUAUAUAUUUGGGUAA